AUGAGCAACCUCGACAACCUCGGGCGCUACAGCAAGCGCGUCGUCCAGUACUUCUGGGACCCGAUGCCGCGCAACGACGAGCCGAACCUGCCCGUCUGGUGCCUGGGCGAAUGCUACGAGGCACGCAGCCAGAUGGCAGGCAGCGAGCCGUACACGUCGUCGCCGAGCGCACCGAACGGCGCUCCGCUUUCGACCUCGCAUGCUUCUUCGACGACCGACAGCAGCAGGAGUCGGAGUAGCAGUGGUGCUGAAGACACGGCCGCCGGAGAUGCGGAUGCAGGGUGGCCGAGAGCGUUCCUGGACGACUUCGAGAGCAGGAUCUGGCUCACGUACCGCUCGAACUUCGCGUCGAUACAGAAGUCGGAGUCGCCCAAGGCGGUGGCGAGUUUGAGCUUCUCUGUGCGGCUGAAGCAGCUGGGGAACCAGGGAGGCUUUACGUCGGAUUCGGGCUGGGGGUGCAUGAUUCGGUCGGGGCAGAGCUUGCUUGCGAACUCGCUGGUGAUGCUGCAGCUUGGGAGGGAUUGGCGGAGAGGGCAGAAGCGGGAAGAAGAGCGCAGGAUAUUGUCGUUGUUUGCUGACGAUCCGACAGCGCCGUUCUCGAUACACAGGUUUGUUGAGCACGGGGCGAAGGCGUGUGGAAAGCAUCCUGGAGAGUGGUUUGGACCUUCUGCUACGGCGACGUGCAUACAGGCACUAUCGAACGGCUAUCAAGACGCUGGAUUGAAGGUCUACAUCACCGGCGACGGCUCCGACGUCUACGAGGACGCCUUCAUGAAGAUAGCCAGAUCGACCGAUGGCUCUUUUCAACCUACACUCGUUUGCGUCGGCAUACGAUUAGGCAUCGAUAGAGUCACACCCGUGUACUGGGAAGCUCUGAAGGCGGCUCUGCAAAUGCCUCAGUCCAUCGGGAUUGCUGGCGGCCAGCCAUCCUCUUCCCACUACUUCAUCGGCACUCAAGCCGACCACUUCUUCUACCUGGACCCGCACACCCCUCGCCCAUUCCUCCCUCUCCACGCCAACCUCGAUGACUACACAGCCGAGGAUAUCGACUCCUGCCAUACGCGCCGCCUACGCCGCAUUCAUGUCAGAGAAAUGGACCCGAGCAUGCUGAUCGCUUUCCUGAUCCGGGAUGAGGAAGAUUGGAAAGACUGGAGACAGGGGAUACAAGAAGUGCAAGGCAAAGCCAUCGUCAAUGUAGCUGACCAUGAGCCGGCGCUGCACGGUAGUGUCGAGAGAGAGGGAGCAGUGGACGAGGUUGAAGCGCUUGACGACGAUGAGGAUGGGUUGCAGUGA